CCUCCUCCACCACCACCUCUCCUCCUCCUCCCGCUCCUCCUCCUCCCGGAGCGCACAGAGAGCCGAUGCGGCCGCCGUCUCCGUCCACCGCGCGACGCGAGCCAAAAAACACCAAGCAGCGGGAGUCGUCGUCGUCUCUUCUUAUCGCUCUUUACCUCUCCCCUCUUUUUAACCGUUUAUUUUUUUUUCUCAAAUUGUUUUUCCAAUUACGCCAAUUUUUUUUAUUCUUUCUCCAUUUUAGUUUUUCUUCCUUCAGGGAACGCGCCUUGACAAUUUUGUUCCGUUUGGUUAUAUAUACCAUUCGAUCGUCGCGUCAAUGCGAGUUGCGAUUUUGGCGAGGAAUUAAACAAAUAAAGGGUUCGCGUGGAUAAUUUGUAUGCCGGUAGGCGCGCCAGCACUUAUUGCAGAAUUUUUAGGUUAGCCGCGCUUGCUCUCGCUCCAUCUCUCUCCUUUCCCUGCGCUUGCUGUAUUUCUAUUCGUUAUUAUCGGUGUUAUUUUCCUUUCUUUUUAUCCUAAAAAUCAGCCCAUCAACCCCUCCCUCCUCCUCAUCGCAAGCCCUGUCACCCCGCUCCAUCCUCUCAGCACCCCACCCCUACCCCCCCAUUCCCACCGGGUAUCGGCGGCGCAGAUAAAACCGUCAGUCCACAGGAUACAACAAUAGAAGGUAGUUUGUUCAGAAGAUAGGCAAAAAAAGGGGGGGGGGGCAAUGGUUGGAAUAAUGCAAUUGUAAUUAAAUGACACAACAACAGUUUAGGUUGUCUUAGAAUGCACAAUUCGGUCGAAUUGAUGGAGGAGGCUACAGGCUUUAAUGGUAUGUGUUAAAUAAUAAUAUAUAUCUCAAAUAUGAAUAAAGCCUACUCCCGGUGGCGUAGAUGAAAACCCGUGAUUAAUAAUUGAACAUUAAAUAAUUUCGCAAAAGGAGUGGCAAUCGUAAAACAUUUAAACAAAUAAGAAUAAUCACCAAAUUGUACGCAUGUAACAACAUUGCAUGAAUAGAGCGAUACAGGGUGUAUCGUUAUAUUAAACGUCAGCAAUCAUUAAAUAUAUAGCAGGGCUCUAGAAUCAUAGUAGGAGUAAUAAUUAAAUAAUCUCUGGGUACAAUUGGUAGCUGUUGUUGCUGCUGCUGGGUGUGCAUGUGGCUUGGAGCCGGCUGUCUCUGCCUGUGAUGGCCGGGCUGUGAUGACAGUGAUGAUGGCGCUUCGGCUGGUGUCGGGGUGGCGGCCCGGGUCUGUCGGCAUGCGGGAGCCUCCGGGAUGGACCAAGAUCCAGCGCCGCCGUCGUCACAAUCAGCAACAGCAGCAGCACCAGCAGCAGCUUCACGACCAUCACGGCCACCACCACCACAAUCACGACCACCACCAUCACCACCAAUAUCACCAUCAUGAAAAAUACCAUCAAUACAAUCGCCAAGACUUGCAGCAGAUUUGGAAGCAGGAUCGACGGAGACCUGUUCGAGAGGAGCAGCAGAAUCAUCAUCAUCAUCAGCAGCAGCAGCUUCUUCAACAACAUCAUCAUCCUCCUCAACAGCAGCAGUGUCCUGCAUUUAUAUUCUGGGGCCGCACCGACUACACGGAGUGGCAGCCCAUUCUCCCGGCCCCGCCAGCCCGGCAGGACAAAGAGGAGGGGAAGAGAAUAAUAAAGGAGAGGGAGAAGACGACGACGAUGCUACAGGAGGAGGAGAAGAGGGAGGAGGUGGUGGAUGUCGCCGGGGUUUCCCCCACCGUGGCGUCGCGAAUGGCUGCGGUUCCUCCCCGGCUGUCGAGGCGCGUUCUUCUCUUGGCUCUCAUGCUGCUGUCUCUGCACGCCUGCGCUGGCAAGAUUGAAGAGGAUGAUUUCCAGGAUAUGAACGCUAACAAGACAUGGGUCCUGGCCCCCAAAGUCUACGAAAGCGACGUCACCCAAAUUCUCAACACGCUUCUGGAAGGCUACGAUAACAAUCUGAGACCGGACAUCGGCAUCCAGCCGAUUACCGUGGAAACGGACAUCUACGUCAACAGCAUCGGCCCAGUGUCAGCUAUUAACAUGGAGUACACCAUCGACAUAUUCUUCGCCCAGACGUGGUUUGACAGCAGACUUCGGUUCAACAGCUCCAUGAAAGUGUUGAGAUUGAACAGCAACAUGGUGGGGAAGAUCUGGAUCCCAGAUACCUUCUUCCGGAACUCAAAGCAGGCUGACGCCCAUUGGAUUACGACCCCAAACCAAUUGCUGCGCAUAUCAAACAACGGAAAGGUGCUCUACACACUGAGAUUGACUAUAAAUGCAGAAUGUCAGCUUCAGCUCCAUAACUUUCCUAUGGAUGAGCAUUCCUGUCCCCUGGAAUUUUCCAGUUACGGUUAUCCCAAGGAUGAGAUCCUUUACAAAUGGAGCAAGAGUUCUGUGGAAGUUGCCAACCAACGCUCUUGGAAGCUCUACCAGUUCUCCUUCCUGGGCCUCAGGAACACCACCAAUAUCCUGUCGACUGAUUCCGGUGAUUACAUCGUCAUGACGGUUUAUUUUGAUUUGGUGAGAAGAAUGGGAUAUUUCACCAUUCAGACGUACAUCCCCUGCAUACUGAUCGUUGUGCUGUCAUGGGUGUCCUUUUGGAUCAACAAAGAUGCCACUCCCGCCAGAACAUCCCUCGGGAUCACGACGGUGCUGACCAUGACCACUCUGAGCACCAUCUCCCGCAAGUCGCUGCCCAAGGUUUCCUAUGCAACAGCCAUGGACCUCUUCGUCACCGUCUGCUUCUUCUUCGUCUUUGCCGCCAUGAUCGAGUUCGCCAUGCUCACGUUCUUCGUCAGCAAGAAGAAGCUCAGUGGUGGCAAGAAAAAGAAGAAAAGGCACGCGCCGAACCCCGUUGUGCUGGACGUGAGACCCGGUUCGGCGACGGUGCCCAUGAAUAACGCCAUGCAGCACCUCUCGGCCGAGGCGGAGGAGGAGGGCGGCUACGAAUGUCUGGACGGCAAAGACUGCUCCAGCUUCUUCUGCUGCUUCGAGGACUGCGAGCGGCGGUCGUGGAAAGAGGGCCGGAUCCACAUUCAGGUCCUCAAGCUCGACUCGUACUCGCGCGUCUUCUUUCCCAUCUCCUUCACGCUCUUCAAUCUCGUGUAUUGGAUCGCGUACCUUUACCUGUAAAAAAUGGGUUUGUUGGAGAAACAAAGACGUGCAGAAAUGAGAAACAGGAAAGGAAAAAAAUAAACCGAAAUGGCAAUUAAGGAAACUCAAAAAGAACAAGCGCCACCGCCCAUCCACCCAUGGUCGCAAAACUUUUUUUGAAUUCCUGUUGCCGUGCGACAGGAAAAGCGUGACCUCAGCUGGGUUACCUAAAGAUAGCGCUUGCAUCUGAUCACGCCUCCCUCGGAGGCGGAACUACUCCACACUGAACAGCAGCAAGUGUAUGUCUGAGUGGCUGAUGUAAAAUAUCGUGUAUAGCAAUUGCAUAAAUAAUGUGUGAGGAGGAGAAAUUAUAUUUACUAAAUAUGUUAAUUUUCUUCAUAUUGGCGAUUCUAAAACAAACCGACUACUGCUGUUAAAAUUCUGAAAAGCGUUAAUUACGGACAAUGUGACGGAAUUUGGGGUUUCUGCUUGACUUAGGUCAAUUCUUAAUUGUUCCUUGUUAAAAUUAAGUAAACACACAUCCAAUUAUGAUAUUGUCUAGAGUUACAUUUACGUUAAAAAUGUAUGGCAGUCAACGCCAAAAUUCAUAAAUUGGUACAAAAACUAAAGUGAGGGAAAAAUAUAUACGCGCGUUUGUGUGUUUACAUUUUACAUAACUUACAGGCACUGAAUAAUACCGUUUGAAACAUGAUGUGAGAGCACUGUAAAUACCAUAUUUUCUUGAAGUGUGAGGCACUUCGGAGGGAAGAUUAUGAGAAGACUCCACGUGUGAAGCUGCUGACAUUGUUGUGUCAUGGUUACAAUCGGUGCUGCUUUCAAAGCACACUGCAAAGAGUCUGGGUAUGCAGGCAUGAGGUACCCAUUUCUUGUUUAAUGCUUUCACCUGAAAUUGAUUUCUUAAACUGUUGUCAGUGUUGCAUUAUUAUAAUGAUUAUUACGGAUGAGUUUUCAUGACAGGCUACACGUCACAGAGAUGCUUGUCAGCUGUAAUGGUUAUUACCAAGAUCAAUGCUAAAUUCUCACAAUUUAUGUAUGUUGAAAUUAUUUCGCAUUGUAUGCAGCCAACAGCGCAAAUUGAAGGUCCGGGGGAAGGACAACAAACUAUACACACGCAAAAAACAUGACAAGGGUUUCACAAACUUUGGUAAAUGUCAGCCAUAUGUAGCUCUCCCCCUCAAUGAGUCGUUAACAUCAUUAGACCUCCUUUGCUAGUACCAAAAUAUAUUAAUAGGGUUUUUCCCCUUUUUUUUCUGGCAACAAAACUGAAACCUUUUUACAAGGAUUCAUGUCUGCAUUAACCACAAUACUUGCAGUCAAAAUGCAAACAAAAAACAUACUAUGAUAAUAUAUGCAUUGUCCUUGAAACUGAUUGGUCCACAUCAAGGGAUGCUUUCUUUUGAGCCUCGACCCAAUUGGUGCUCGACCAGAGGACGCCAAAAGGCGUACAGCUCAAGGUUAACGAGUCGUUAACCUUAACCGAAAUAUGAAGAUUAUGAAUCAUUUUUUUGUAGACACUUCCUGGUGCUUGCAAUGAUAUAUUUUUCCACAUUUGCAGGUUAAUCAGUGAAGUACACUCCUAAACUAGUUUCAAUUUGUAGGGAUAUCAAUGAUUUAUGCUUAUACAGCCUGAAUAUUUCCACAUGAGGGACUCGUCAACAUGGUGUGACACGUGUUAAUUCGGCAAGUGAUAAUAUCAGAGCUGUGUACGAAUGCGGCGUCAAUAAGUAUGACUUGUCCACUCUUUGUGAGUCUGAUCAACAGUUCUGACCAAUACACAAGUACAAUGUAGGGGAAAAAAUCUCUGCCAGCUUUACCACCUUUCCAAAUAUGGGGGUAUAUGACAUGCACUUAUUCUGAAUCCAUGCAAGCCUUCUUUCAUUUCAAAUUGAUUGUGUUUGGAUUAUUCAAUAUGCCAGGCCCACUAUGGAAUAUCUCAGUCAUCCAGGGUUCAGAGCGGUAAAACUGCACGGUUCCCCGACCUGUGAUAGCGAUGGACACAGGAUCACCAGGCCCCCGAUUGCCCCGUGGGUUUAGAAACACGACGAGUGAUAUCUUACAUGGCAUUGGGGGAAAAGGGCCCAACGUGUGAUUUAAUUUAUGGCGCAGGGUGACCUUAAUCCACGCCUCAUAUGCAUCCUGUCAAAACACUUGAUCAGCCAAAAUCCAUGACGCUGACAACACGGGUGAAAGGCCUGAAACAGAAGUGGGUAUUCUUCGAGGGCAUCUUGUGAAACGUUUGAAUGCUUACGAACAAGGUGGCUGGACCGAUCUGGCUCAGGCUAGCGUACCGAGGGGGAAGGGCUAGGGCUUUUUACAGUAUUUUACACUUAUACUCUGAACACUGUACAUUGCAAAAACCUGGAGAUUUUGUCCACUGUACGUUCGAAUAAGCUUCUUAGCAGAAAACUGUUUCCAGGCAGGAAAUACAACCGUAUGUGUCAUGAUUGGUCCGUUGUCUAUGGUAGUUACUCAAAGCAUUUUAUAUAACAAAUACUGAACCUUAAACUGGAAUGCAUGUAUGUUUACUAGAGCAUAUAAACACCACUACUUUGAAGCUUUUGUGAUUCAAUCCAAUCUAAGAAGGGUAAGCAAACGUUUACAACCUGAAUUACACGGAAACUAGGACAGAUGCAUUUGCAAUAAAACAGUAUACAUAGUUAUCUAAACACAUUUAUACUGAUCCAGGUAAUGAGGUUAUGCAGAAGAGUCAUUGUUAUGCCUUGCAUGCCUUACUUAAUAUCCAUACACAUUGUGAAAUUCUAAAUGUGAAUUCUGCAGUAUAUUACAAGGUCAAGCCUUCUUUUUUUUUGCGGUUUUAGCGGAACAUAGAGACUAAAUGAAUUAACAUGAUCUCCGAGUGUGGUACACUAACAUACUCUACCAUGCCUGAAAUUGAAACAAUGUAAGCGGUGAUAUACAUGUCAGUUUUACAAAGGGACAAGAGCAGAUUUUAUCAUGACCAGUCUCAUGCAUCUCUUCAUUGACUUUGGCCCAUUAUGUCAAUUGACUUUAAACCAUGAAGACAUCAAUUAUUACAAAUUACCUAAUAAUAGUCAUUGUUUGAAAAUGUAGCUCACACUUAUAUGCUAAUUACUUAUUUGAAAUUUAAAUUCACACUAUAGUUUUCCCCCAAGGUCAAGGUAAUGCGUAUCUUAGUAAGGAUUUUUUUUUGGGGCCAACAGUGCUAAACUACUGUCUCUAUCAAGUAUUAGACCACAAAGUGGGAUAUUAUGACAUCACAAUAUUUCAUAAGAUUUUGGAAUUAUUUUACCAUCUGUUCACAUAGUCACGGCAUUUUAUUUUACCAACAAUAGGCAAUGGUUACUGGAAUAUGCCAGGAAACAUUUUUACAUUUAGGCUGAGAGUGUUAUCCAGGGUAAUGUAAAAGUGUUAUUGUGACCAAUCGAGCUGUGGACAGUGUUCAUAUCCUUUGAGGGCUUAAGCCUAAAGCCAAUUUAUCGACCCAAAAAUGUAUAUUGGGCUGAGUUGAUUCCUGGUCAGGAAUUUAUGCCCAAAUCAUCCUCUAGAGGUGAUAAAAUGAGUACAACAUCGUGGGAGAUUGACCGUGGCUGUGAUAUGGCAUGACUGACCCCUGCCAUAUCAAGAUAAUUUCUACCACUGGCCACGCGUAGGAUAUCAUCGAUUCAAAUAUCAUCACAGUCUAUUGAGACCGCUUAACUGAGUGUAACCCCCUCUACUAAAACUGAUACUUUUCUGUGAACUGCCAUACACAUUUCCAACUGAGGGAUAAAGUGAUACCAUUGAAUAAAGUUUGCAUCACUUGAGAUGCAGACAGUACAUUUUUCUAAGCAUAAGGGCUAACAAUACAAUCUGAAGCGGACAAUAUACAGGGCAAUGCCGUUCAGUGUGGAUAUCAUACUUACACAUUUGCUGUUUGUGUUGUGAUAAAGCAGCACGGAGAGAAGGAAGUGCCCCAUCGUUUAUUGGCUCUUAACAUUUUACCAAAACAUAAGCUGUGCCACCUUGUCUAUGUGUUUAACUCUGCCAGAUAUAGAUAUAUGGCUUGAUAGGAUUCCUUAUUUAAAUUAAUUUUGGCUUUGACCGAUUUUAUUGUCUACGGUAAUGUAUACAGAUGGACUAUUUCUCUUGGAUUGCUGGCAACAAAUGAUUACAGCACUGGGGUUAUUUAGAUAACAACUUUAAUAUUUUACAAAAAUACAGACAAAACAUGUUCUAUAAACUUUACCUUCUACGUCAGCAUUAUUCGACUCAAUUAUGCAGUGUAUGUGUAAUGCACCUUUUAAUUAUGGACACUUUUAAAAUGAUGUUUUAAGAUCAAGUAUCUGUAAAAUUGUCCACUUGCUUAUUUGGCCAGAAACCAACUUAGCUCGUUCUUUUUUUAUUUUUAAAUCAGUCCAACAAUGCAAUUUAAGAGUAGGAUUCAAACAACUGUUGGGUGGCACUUUUAUCCACGAUUGGUCCUCAGACCAGGCCAAUGUGUCAGUGCUCAUAUGCAUUGGUGGUCCCGUUCUUCUCAAAGGCAGGGGCCAGAGUCCACGUAGGAUUCCCGCUGGUAAUUUCCCAUAAGGCGUUGCUCGCUUUGUAGACUUGAGGAAACAUGGUGGGCUGGGUUGACUCCCAACUGGGAAUUGAGCUCAUGACCUCAUCGUUUGAGAUGAAUGCACUCACUGUGCAGGUAGCCAGGCUGGUUGAGAGAAUUAUUCAUUAUCUUGGCAUGGGCCGGUUACCCAUUAGCACUCCUACUCCUGUUGACUAUGAUCUCGGAGUGUAUUUGUGUGUUUUUUACACAAUUUCAAGUAAAACAUUUAUCACAAAUAUUAGAAUACAAACGUAUUUAGGUGUUUUUUGUUGCAUAAAUGUAAAAAAAGCUUGAUGUAAAAGGAAUAAAUUUAUAUUAAUGGUCAUACCAGAAAUGUUAAUGCCUUCGUUUAUCGCCACCCCAAUUUAAUAGUGUGUUUUUUUUUAGAAAACUGGGAAUGCCGAACUAUUUGCAUGCUCACGUCUGCAAGCUGAAUUUAACACAUCCAGUAAAAUAGCAAAUCACUAUAUACAUGCUACCACUAUAUUGCUUCAUCCCUAAGAUGACAUAUUUAUUAUACAGUCCUUAUUAUAUCUGUAUGUGACAAAAUAUUUCAUAAACGCACAAAUAAUAUUUUUCAGUCAUUUUAAAUUUCAGAAUUCUAGCCACACCUUUGUAUGCAUUGCAGUGCAGUGUGUUAUUUAAAGCCUAUCCGAGCCAAUGUGUUGCUUUCAAACUCUAAUACACGUGAGCAUGCAGGCACAUAUGCUGCGAAAGCUAUCAAUACUUCCUAAUCUACACCUUGUUUGUAAAUGUGCAAAGCUCCCUCAAGCGAGAGUAAUCUCACUUGUAUAUUGAUCUGUUGAGGGGCUUGGCUGCACUGAUAUUAAAAAGGUGCCAGGGAGGCAACAUUUGCGUCCACACCUCUUGUACAAAAUCAACACAAGUUAAUGAAGAACAACAUUGAAUAAGCGAGUGUAGUACAAAUUGAACAAGAAUCCUCAGUUUUUAUUAUUCUGUGAACAUACGCUCUGUGGGUUAUGCUUAGCUCCACGUUUUAUUUUUCAAGUUAUUGAGUGCAUCGUGCAAAUACGAACCGUGGACACUGCUUAUUUUCGUUGGCAGUCCUGAACAAGUGAAGGAAUUUCCACAUUCCUAUGGCAGAAGCCAGUCUCUCCACAGAACCGUUGUUUUUUUUUCUAGAUUAUCAACACUUGAAUUUCCCUGGACUCCUCAUAGCAGAGUUAAUGGCAAGAUUGUGCAUGGUACACAUUUUGUUUUCAUCCACAGUUUUCAUAUGCAAGUCUUUUUUCAGUGAUGCGUAUUUUAUACAAAACCGACCACCUUCAGUUUCAGGUGGGAUACGGCACAAUGUAUUUGCGAUAGUGCCAAGAUGUCAUCUCUUGAUUUGCUUGCGUUGAGUUCUUUAUUGUAAAAUGGAGGCCAGUUGCUUGCAGCUUCGCAAACAGCCGCAGCCCUGCAGAGCAACAAACGUGCUGCCUCUGAGUGUAUCGCGCUUUGUUUGCAGUUACACAAAACACGCGCCUGAAAUGGAACGGUCAUAGAGGGGAAACAUAGAGGUUUAUGCACAAAUGAAAUGAGAGCCAUACUAUUGUAUGCAUUUGGCCAUGAUAAAUGUUGAUUUUUUUUCCAUUUAUUGUAAGCUUUUAUUAUUUAUAUGCCCUGUGCAUUGAAUGACAUUGAGAUUAAAUGACAAAUUCUUCGUAUACAUCACAUGUAAUGUGCAGCCAUUAGUUAAUCCAAUGCUGGAUGAGGACCGACAUGGUACAGAGACUGCUUGACCAUACUGCACCACGCUGUGUGGGUUGUGAAGGGAGGAGGCCCAAAGACCGGUUCGGAUAUCACUCGGUUCUUGGCCCUGGCCAAGAAUCUAAUUCAGGUCCGUUGGCACUGUGCCACCACUCCAUCCUCAUUACAAGUACAUGCACAGCCUAUGUUGCCAAUCCCCUGAUGAAUGAGGGCCUCCCCCAUGCCCUGCGGGUCGUGAGGGAUAGUUGAUUAUAUUUACCGUGGUGGUCAGUGAAAGUGAGUGAAGUUGGGGGGGGAGUACAAAACAAAAAUGCAUUUUUCAACGCUGUCCUCUACUGCCCACAUCGCUUGUUACGCGAUCCAGGCUCAAGCUGAUGAGCUUCCGAGAUCUGAUGAGAUCGGGCACAUUCUGUGUGAUUUUGUCGAGGAAGCCACGGAAAACACCAAAAUCUGGCAUUUUUAUAAAUGGUUGAUUUAAUUACUGACAGCAUAUACAGGGUUAUAGCUGCGGAGGCAAACAUUGAUUUGUUACAGUUACAGGGCUAAUGACAUUAUUGCCAUGCCACACUCACAUGUCUGCUGUGCAUGUGCUAAAUGAAUUGUUUCACAGUUACUCAUGAGGCAAUCAACUCUAAUUCCUCAGCACACAUUAAUAUGAAGAGCAUGAGAGAACAUGUGCAGCAUAUAAAGGGACUAAAGAGCAGUGCUGUACUUUGCAUUCCCUGAUCUGUGGUACUUUCAAAUUGUCCUGUAGAGAGCAUCUUAGAUUACAUCCGUACUGCAUGGUACAUUUAAAUUGUAAUUGCACUGGGAAUCAGUAUUAUUUGAAAUCUAAUAGAGACGUUGUAACCGUGGUUGGCAUUCCCUUAUGGUCGUUGGCACUGUGGUUCGGGUGCCUGCAGCAACAUUGCGGGAUCAGAGGUGUAAAGACGGGGCCUACAAACUUCCCAAAGGGGGCAGGGAUGAUGGAACACAAAAAUGGUCUCGGACUUUUAAGAAGAUCAACCUGUCACCUUGACCGAAGCCGUUGGUGCCACCCCACCUCGCCAGUGCUUUCUUCAUUCCACCAGAUCCUGCAGCUGCUGCACAGUAUUACUUUUUUUCACUGAGUCUCAAGAGGGUCCUGCUAAGUAUUCGAAGUAUGAGGUGACGUUGCUGCUAUGUGUAAUCCCAAUUUAAAACAAUAAAAUAAAUAUUUUAUUUUACCAGGUAAGGCCCACUGAGCUAUAUUGCUCGUUUUCAGAAGCGACCUGGUCAUAAACGAUAGCUCAACGAAGUGGCUUAUCACGUGUAAAUUGAUAGGAGCCUAAUACUUGAAACGCAUGUUUCUAUAUAUGGAGGGAAAAACCAGAGGACCCAGAGAACAUACAAACUCCGCUCAGACAGGCACCCAAGGAAAGAAACAAGCCCAGGUACUUCUUCCUGUGAGGCCACAAGCGUUACGACCAUCCCAUCCUGCCGCCCAAAAGUUGACACACAAGAUGACAGCGGCCCUAAACAUUAUUGGGGAGGUGGUGCAAGUGCCCUUUUUUGCCAGGUGCCUUGGGCACGCCUCUGUUCUUAGCCCACAGUGAAUGGGACGUAUUGCUAUGGGGUGGGUACCAGCCUCUGUUUGUGACAGCCACUGGUGACGUCCCACAGCUCAGCAGGCGGUGCUCGUUAUACCGGCGCUGCAGGGACGAUUGCCUGAAUUGGCUUUGACCAGGCUUUGAACGCACGACCUUGCCACGAUGAGCCCAUGGCUCACAGUGUCUGAACUGAACCGUGAUCCGUAAAGACUAAUAGAAGCAUGAGUUGACAGAAAACCACAUACAGAGGAAUCAAGUGGGCCAUGUAAUAAAGAUCAACCUUGUUAGUGAGCAAUGACUCCUUAAUUAUCUGGGGCACGCACACUGAGGUGGAACCAAAACAGUCGCGAACCUCAAAUAUACACAGCGUGUAUGCGGAGAUGCACACACUUACUUUGGAUCUCUCGCUAAUUGAGUGUAGCUGCACCGUGUUUUAAACAACAUCCAUUUAGCAUCACAAAUGAAGGCACAAUCAAGGCACAAUGCAAUCUAAUUGCCAAUUUUGACAUUUGUCUGUACUUUUGAUUACCUGUUCUAGAAUGCUAUAAAAUGCUAAAUAUAGUAUUGUUACUGUAAAAAAUGAUUGUCACAUUUUAAAUCUAAAUAGAGUGCAGUAUUAAAGUCCGUUCCCUUUAUGUCAUAUACUGCACGAUAUACAGACCAAAUUGAAAUGGUGUCUAUGCUAAGAUGAGCGGUGGGUGGGGUUCUUCUCCUUUGGCAGCCCUGAGCCAGUGGUGGAAGUUCCACAUUCUUCUGGUGGGGUUCAUUACCUUGCAUGGGACAACCCAUGCUACUGGGGACUGGAUAGGGUUUCGCGGUUGUGCUGCAUCGCUCUACAAUGUCCGACGUUUCUCUCCACAUGCCAGAAGCUUCUUCAACAACUAAACUCAAGAAGUAAGGUUGCCAACUCUACUCCUGGAUUGGCCAGGAGUCUCAACCGAAAUUGGCAUCGGUAUCCCAGUGAUGAUUAAAAGAAAUCCGGGGAAUGAUAAUAAAACCAACAAAAAAUUUGUUUUAUUUAACCAGGUAAGGCCCACUAAUUUAUGUAGCUCUUUUUCACAAGAGACCUGGCCACAAAUAAUUGCUCAACAAAGUGACUUAUGUGGAAAUAUAUCGCAGCCAAAUACUCUAAACGCAUGUUUCUAAAUGUGGAGGGAAAAACUAGAGGACCCAGAGAAAAAUCCCCACGACCGCGGAAAAAGAGAGACAUGCAAACUCCAAAUAUAUAGCAUGCGUUAGGGUCAAGGUUGAAUGCACCACCUCCAGCAUACCAGGCGACGUAGUUAACAUUUUUUCACCAUGGCGCAGAGAAUAAAUUAAAGCCAAAAAAAAUCCCAUAAUAGUUUCAGUCUGAGUUGCCAACUCUACGAAGAACAAGAACAGAAAAAAAGCUUCUAGUACGUUGAGUGGAACGUCGAGCGAAACAUGAGACCUAUAAUGGCGAACAUGCGGCACAGCCCGAAAACAUAGCGGAGAGGAGAACCACAUAUUAUACCAUAUUCUAUAAUAUAUGAUCACUGCAUAAGACUUGUGGUCGGUGCACUCAACUACUCCUGCAGUUGCCCGGUAAUGUAAUGUUUGGGGAAUUACCAUACCGAAAUGACUAAUGUUAGCACACAUUAGACAUGCGACAUUAACAUUAAAAUCCUGUUACAUUUUGUGCUGCAGUAAAACAUAAUUACCCAUAACUAACGAUGAAAUAAAUAGUUGAUAGAUUUCAUUUAUUCAUAUUUCUUCACAAAUGACCUGCUGAGUAUUGAUGCACUUUCAUCUAGUUAAAAUAAAGGAGUCGAUUGAUUUGUCCUUUUUUCUCUCAAACAAGCUGUGAAUCUCAACAGUGCCACGUGAGAAUGAGGUCAAGGGCCAGUCUCAGGGCUAUUGGGUCAAGGUCAGAGUGCACGCACAGAUGUUUCGUACGAAUAAUAGUCAAAGUGAUUCCCCACAGUUGCUUACCAAAGCGACGGUUAGAGCUCGCAGAAUGUUUCGUUAAAAGUCCGUUGUAAGUUGGCAUCAUCUGACUUUGAAAGUCUGUAGUAAGUCCGCAUCAUCUGACUUUGCCUACACUGCCAUUAUAUAUACAGUGUAUAAAUAAUUCACGAGUGUCCGUCCAUCACACUCUGUAUCUCGCACACAGUUCAGAGCACGAAAAUGAAACAGGAACACAAAACAAAUGUUUCUCUUGACGAGGACAUGUGCCCAAUGAACAACAUUUUGCCCCCGUUAUUUCCAAAACUGUACGUCUGAAUCAAACCAAUGGCGGCCAAUUUCUGAUGGCUUCCCCAUUGAUUUACGUUGAAACACGAUGUUUACGCACGACGUCAUCGUUCCUUAAUCCACGAGAAUAGCUUCACCGCGGUGACGUCACCCUAUAGGGCUGACAGGCGAUGGGUGCCGACGUAGCGAUGGCACUUGACGCCGACACCGUACGCAAUCGCGACGCGGGGUUAUUAUCCCUCGCAAAUGCGCAGGCAGUGCUCGUUAUGACAGUGAGACUGCUCGUGGAAGAUGAUGUCAAAUAAUCAAGCAUGCAGCCACGAGCAUACAUGAAACGUGAGUUUUCAUAGCUCUGCAAAGAUCCACGUGUGUUGUUGGGCUCAGUUACGUGGUAGUUUCGUGCCAAAUGUCAUGUCAUGAACCCUCCACCACCCACCACGAUUGUCACGUUUAGAAAUAUAUUAUUCGUAGGUGCCGAUGUAUCAAUCAAAUUACGUCCAAUAUAUGUCAUGAUAAAUCUUCAGCCACCAGUGAGGAGCUUUAUUGGUCAGGAUUUGAUCGACACAUUGGCCACAUCUAAAUAAUAUCUUUGUGAACGUGAAAAUCGUGACAGUUGGUGGAGGGUUGAUGAAAAUAAUGUUGGUGUUAAACUAACACCAAGUGGCUUAACCCAAAAACAAAUAUGGAUCAGGGUACUCACAUGUUCAAGUGCUGUAGUGUUUUUCAUUUCUCAUUCAUAAAUAUACAGCCAUUGCAUUGAAUAUACAGACACUGUCACUCUGAAUAGAACCAAGCAUAGCAUUUGUGUUGAAUACAGUAAGAGUCAUUUGCAGCCCUUUGUCAAUUCUUGGCUGGAUAAAUACUUGAUCAUACUUCACCGCUCUGGUCAGUGCAGAUUUGUGAAUUGGGCACCAGGACUGGUUUCAAAUAUCGCUCAUUAGCCACUAGCUGUGGCCGGGACUCAAACUCAGGUCACUGGGUUCGAAAUGCAUUGUGUUAACCAUUGCACCGCAGUUCUGCCAAAUUUUAAGAUGCAUAUAAAUGUGCAGUAAUGUUUAAUUCUUGUUUAGCACUCUGUAAAUGUGUGGAUCUUUACGUAGUUUUAACUCAAGGUAAAAAGUCCGUUUACCUUUUAUUUUGCAUCUCCACCUACAUUAUUAAUGUCAUUGUUAAAAAAAAAUCAGAACGGAUGUUAAAUUUAUUUUGUUUACAUGGUGAUAUUUUAUUUUUAAUUAUAAUCGGUUUGUUGUAUGACACGAUAUCAUGUAUGUGCAUUACAAUGAUUCAAGGUGACCAGUAUUGCCAUCUUUACUUCACCAUAGCUGAAGGGAACUGGGAAUAAAUAUCAAUUAUUUAGCUGCAUUUAGCUUUAAAUACAUAUUAUAUCAACAGUUAUGUUAUGUGAUGCUGAUCACGAGCCUGCUGGUGUACGUUGAUCGGUAGCUUUUGGGCUUUAUAUUGAGCAGGUACAAUGGGUACAUCAUCUAAUAAGUUAUAGUCUAGGGCUAUAGGCCAAUCAGUGGAAGCUCUUUGGACAUAUCAGCAAUUCAAAUUCAGUGUCUGCUUGAGUUCGCUGUUAAAAUUCCACAUUCCUAUAGUAGAUACCGAUCUUGCCAUAGCACAACCAUUGUUGACUUCUCACAAAUGGAUACUCAUUUCAGUAAUCUCAGAAGAGCUAUGAGCUGCAUCUGCCCCUGACAAGCAUUGACCAUGCAUCCAAAUGCUCUCGGCACAGUGCCACUCGGAUAAUAAUAUAGCAGAAAUUUAUCUUGAAUACAUUUGAAAACAUUGCUUUAAACACUGAUAUUUUUUACAAGUUUUCCCAUUAAAAUUAGCUCAAUCAUACAUUAAUGCAUUUCUUUCUAACCUGUAUGUGAUAAAAAAAAAUGACAUUAUCAUUGAUACACCACCAGCAUGUCACAUCUAAUAUAUAUUUGCUUAAAAUACAUUCCCUAAAUGUGAUAACAUCUGAUAUUGACCAAUUAUUACAAAUAAAUACCACUAAACUGUUAUUUGCAUUUAAUGCCAGUUGAUUCUAUUUCUCAAUUCGUGCUAAUUGCCAAAGCUCUUAAGUUUCGAGUACAGUAAUUGAUUGUUAUUUUAGCUUUUGUCAAUAUCUUAUACACACUUAAAAUGUUGUAACAAAAUACAAAAAAUAUCAUCAUUAUAUAACUUUAAAUACAUUCUACAUUUACCAUGUGUCCAAUAUGUCAGGUAUCAGAGCUUUUGAUCACCAACAAUAAUUUUUGUUCACCUAUAUACAACACGUCUUUUUUAUUUUUACUUCUUGUUUUUGAAACGUUAUUUACAGAUUUGUUAAACUUACAUAAAGCAAAGUUGUAUGUGCAUGUGAUAUCAACAGAUUACUCAUAUAAAAUGUAAAUGUAUUGAUAGUUAUUCCAUUGAAAUAUGUAGUCAUUGUCAUAUAUGAAAAUUAAAAUGACACUGGCAAUUUACAUUUCAUCUUAAUUACUUUUAUCUGGCUAUAGGUCACUGCGUAUUUUUGUCAUUUUUACUAUGAUAACAUUGUGUAUUCGUUGUGUACUGAAUACUACAUCUGUUUAAUGCGUAACCACAGCUUGGCAGAUACAUUUGUGUUUGGUACAAAGUUGAAUGUGCUCUAUUGGGUUGUGAUAAUGUUGCAUGUCUCUUAAGUUAUUUGUACGUAUGCAUAAUUGUUGCAAAAAUGAAAUUCGAAUCCUGUUUAAGUAACGCCGAUCUUCAUUCCUGCUAGGUUUCUGCCCUGAAAGAAUUUGUCAUCUAAAAGUCUCGUUCUUUUUGGCAUUCUAACAACACACGGUUACGUACGUUCUACUGCAUGUUUCAUAACAUGGGCACUUACGCUGGGAAAAACAGGCAGCUGCAUGAGUUAACAUCCGACGAAUAAUUGGGCUUGCAUCCUUAUAGUAAAAUAAGGAUAACAAAAAUAAAACCAGUAGGUCAAAAAGAAAACAUAACAUGGCUCUACCGUUUGAAAUUCUGUGUGUGUCUCACGACUAUGGGAUGCCUCUAUGACAUUGGAAGUGUACGUGAAUGUCUCCAAGGCCAUUCCUUUCCACUGCAUAUCACAUUUGACAAAACACCUAAUGAAGAAAUGCGCAAAAUGAAAAAAAAAUGUGCACGAAACAUUGUUGAUUCUCAAAUUACAAUAUUGUAUAAUUACAGUAAUUCGAUUUUAAACCUUAAAACAUUAACAUAACGAUGUAUAGCAACAUUAUUUAUGAUUUUUGUUGAACUUGUUUCAUAGCUGUGAUGACAGUACGUAUGCGUUGCUGUUCUUAGUGCGAUAUGCUCAUGUUAUGAACCCACCCGCUGGCUUAUGAAAUCUACCACAUCUAAGUAGCACCCGUAUGUCUUUCAUAUCAUAAAAGCAAGCGUUUAAGUUGUUCGCUUUGAAUUACGUACGAUGUAUAUAUUAUAUUCCCAGAAUCUGGAUCCUCAAGAGCUUAGCAAGUUAUAGUUUAGACGUGACAUUUGUGUUUGAGGAAACAACCUCGAGUGCAAACGUCGGCAAACAAUAACGCAGGGAUGUUCUGUUGAAUGAUAAAAAAAAAAUUUAUGUUGCUCCCCCCCACAACCCCCUCUAUUGACAGAAAAAGGUUUUCGCUAUUUUAUUGCAAUUGGCCUCAUGAUGUAUCAGUCAUCUUGUAACCAUGUGUUGCAAUAAUACAUAUAACAAAACAUCACGCACCGCUUUGGCAAAAAUAUUAAGGCCUUGAAUUAAAAAUGUGCAAAAACCAAGUUUUUAUAUGAAAACUAAAAAAAAUCACGUUUUUCCGGGAAGGUUUUGUGUGCAUAGCGCUUUUGUAAAAAAAAAACAGCUGCAUUAUUACAGCCAGUAGGUAGAAUUUUAUAAAACAAGAAACCAGUGCCAGUCAAAUGAAAGUUAACUUACUAUAGUUUGCUAUUAAGACCAAACCAAUUUAUUUUAAUUGCAACAAAAUUUGGGUAAUCACCAUUAUCGUCAUCUCUCUGUUAAACCAUAUUAGAUUACAUAGAUUAGUGAUAAAUGUAUAUUGCCUUUUUACAGGAUGUUAAUGACCUUUCUUAAUACUUAUAUAGCAUAUGUUACCAUUCUUGUACAUUGAAUGUUCACAAAUAUAAUAAACUUUUA